GGCUGACGGGAGCUGGCUGGGCUGAGGGCCGCGGGGCCGGCGCCCGCCUUGGCGAGCCAUGGGGCUGCCGGCCGCGUAGGGGCCAUGCCGCCCGGGCCCCGGGCCUGUCCCGCUCCGCGCCGGGAUGGUGAACCUGGCGGCCAUGGUGUGGCGGCGGCUCCUGCGGAAGAGGUGGGUGCUCGCCCUGGUCUUCGGGCUCUCGCUCGUCUACUUCCUCACCAGCACCUUCAAGCAGGAGGAGAGGGCAGUGAGAGAUCGGAAUCUCCUCCAGGUUCACGACCACGAUCAGCCCAUCCCAUGGAAAGUGCAGUUUAACUUGGGCAACAGCAGUCGGCCCAGCAACCAGUGCCGGAACUCCAUUCAAGGGAAGCACCUCAUCACAGAUGAACUUGGUUACGUUUGUGAGAGGAAAGAUUUGCUGAUAAAUGGCUGCUGUAACGUCAACGUCCCUGGCACAAAGCAGUACUGCUGUGAUGGCUGCUUGUCCAAUGGCUGCUGCAGCGCCUAUGAGUACUGUGUCUCCUGCUGUCUGCAGCCCAGCAAGCAACUUCUUCUGGAGCGCUUCCUCAACCGGGCAGCUGUGGCAUUCCAGAACCUCUUCAUGGCAGUCGAAGAUCACUUUGAAUUGUGUUUGGCUAAAUGCCGGACCUCAUCCCAGAGCGUGCAGCAUGAGAACACCUAUAGGGAUCCCAUAGCAAAGUACUGCUACGGAGAGAGCCCUCCCGAGCUCUUCCCCGCGUGACGGUGAGGGAGACUCAACCCACUGGGAGGAUGCGCUGCUGAAGAACUUGUAGCCUGAAGCCCUUCUCUGGUCUUCAGGAGAAGACUUGACCUUGACCACUUCUUGUGUUGUGCUCUUUGGCCUCACUCGCCCCCCGGGCUUACCAGAUGGACUUGUUCCGUAAAGCAGUUGGAAAUGCCAGCCAGCGGGUUACAUUCAAGAAAGACAAGACUGUGGGCGACCUGGUGAAGGCAUCAGCGCUCUGAGCGCCUCUCCUCUGCGGCUGCUUGGGGACGUGUGGGCAUCUGUGUGUGUUCUCCCUGGGCCCUUCCCUGUAAAGUUAUUUAUUGGACUUCUUUAGAGUAGUGGGAAAAUUCUCAUGUUUCCUGUAGGAAAAUUCCUUAAUAGUUGAGUAUAUUCAAGGAGAUUGUUCUUGUUGUUUUCUUGUGUUCUUGAGUUUCAAGAAUGAGAUUGACCCUUCACCCAGAUAAAAUGUUUGGUCUCUUAGAACAUGCACGUUCUCUCGAGGUGGUUUGUUCUUGGUUUUGUUUUAACAGCAUCUUCAAGAGUGGGCCCGGAACACCGUGUCCUGACAUCUAAAAUUGUCUAGAAACUCAGAUGCUGUUCCCUUCUCAUCCUGUGCCAACUUUCUAGCAGCUGGCACCAUGUGCUCUCAGGUUUUUUUCCUAGUGGUAUUUGGAUAUGCUUGUUUACCUAUGUGCAUGCACCGUUUUAACCAGAAAUUCUGCCUUGUUGUCCUGGAGGGUUCUGUUCUUGUUUCCACUGCCCCUGUUGUAAUGACUGGUCUUCUCAGCCGUGGGACAGUGGGAGCCUCAGGAAAGUCAUCUGCUGGGUGGCCUCCUCCUCUUCUGUCAUGGAAACCCCAUCUUAAGGUGAUUCCUCAGUGGAGAUACAUCUCGCAACUGA